UUGCAAGAUGGAGCCUCUUUUGCUUGGUUUUAACAAUCAGCAGCACGUGUAUAAAAAGUGCCAAAUAAUAAUCAGAAAAUGGAUGAUCGAAGUGAAAUAGCUCAAGAUGGUCCCGCUGGCAUGGACCCCGAGGGCGUCAUCGAGUCGACCUGGCAUGAGGUUUACGACAACUUCGAUGACAUGAAUCUGCGCGAGGAGCUGCUGCGCGGCAUCUAUGGCUACGGUUUCGAGAAGCCAUCGGCCAUCCAGCAACGCGCCAUCAUUCCGUGCGUCAAGGGCCGCGAUGUCAUUGCCCAGGCUCAGUCUGGUACUGGCAAGACCGCCACCUUCUCGAUUGCCAUCCUUCAGCAAAUCGACACGUCCAUUCGCGAAUGCCAAGCCCUGAUCCUGGCCCCCACUCGCGAGCUGGCCACCCAAAUCCAGCGUGUGGUGAUGGCACUUGGGGAGUACAUGAAGGUGCACUCGCAUGCCUGCAUUGGCGGCACCAAUGUCCGCGAAGAUGCCCGCAUUCUGGAAUCCGGCUGCCAUGUGGUGGUUGGUACUCCUGGUCGUGUGUAUGACAUGAUCAAUCGCAAGGUGUUGCGCACGCAGCACAUUAAGUUGUUCGUGCUGGACGAGGCCGAUGAGAUGUUGUCGCGCGGUUUCAAGGAUCAAAUCCAGGAUGUGUUCAAGAUGCUGCCCCCAGAUGUGCAGGUGAUCUUGCUGUCUGCCACGAUGCCCCCAGAUGUGCUCGAGGUGAGCCGUUGCUUUAUGCGUGAGCCAGUUAGUAUUCUGGUCAAGAAGGAGGAGUUGACCCUGGAGGGUAUUAAGCAGUUCUACGUGAACGUUAAGCAGGAGACCUGGAAGUUGGGCACACUCUGCGAUCUGUACGAUACGCUGUCCAUUACCCAGUCGGUUAUCUUCUGUAAUACCCGUCGUAAGGUCGAUCAACUGACCCAGGAGAUGUCCAACCACAACUUCACCGUUUCGGCCAUGCACGGCGACAUGGAGCAGCGUGAUCGUGAGGUUAUCAUGAAACAAUUCCGUUCGGGCUCUUCCCGUGUUCUGAUUACCACUGAUUUAUUGGCACGUGGUAUUGAUGUGCAGCAGGUCUCGUUGGUCAUCAACUAUGAUCUGCCCUCGAAUCGCGAGAACUACAUUCAUAGAAUCGGUCGCGGUGGUCGUUUCGGUCGCAAGGGAGUUGCGAUCAACUUCAUCACAGAUGAUGAUCGACGAAUCCUGAAGGAUAUUGAACAAUUCUACCACACUACUAUUGAGGAAAUGCCUGCUAAUAUUGCCGAUUUGAUUUAAAUAUUUUGUUGAGCAAAAAAAAUUAAUACCAGAAAAUAAAACAAGAAAAAGUGAGUGAGCUACAGCAAAGAAUUGCGAAAUAAGAGCGCAAAAUAUAUUUAAAAAAAAAAUAUUAAAGAGAUCAACUAAGAACUAAAAUCACGUUAAAUAUUUAUUCAAACAACAAUUCAACAGCAGCAGCAACAACAACAACAACAGCAGCAGCAAGGCAAAAUUAUCACCAUUUGAACAACAGCAAAAACAACAACAACAACCACCAGCAACAACAUCAGCUGGCUGGCUGGCGCCUUGCCCUCAUCCUUAACCAAUUCAACAACAACCUGAACAACAGAACAGCUGUAACAUCAACUGCGUCGUCAACAAGCAACAAACAACAAAUUACAUACUUUAAUCGCUAAAACGGGGAAAACAACAUCAACAAACAACAACUCGGAGGCAACACCUUUCCUUUAUUUUGUGUGUGCAGCAAGCAAGCAACAACAACCACAAAUACAUUGUUUUAGCCUUUUCUAGAACUAUUGAUAAAAUAUAUUAAAACCAAUACAAAAACAAAUUA